AUGAGCAAACGCGACUACUUCUUGCAGAAGGGUCUGCAGAUGAAGCGCCUUGACGAACAGAUCACUUCCUCCGCGACGCUCAAAGGCGGGAGCGCGUCACGCGAAGUGACAACGUACCGCGAGUUGUGCCCUCCCGGCACUCCUGACAGUCAUAUCCAGGAGAUGAUUGGCCAAUGCAAAGGCGACGCCCAGCGCAUGGAGAACGUCAUUAGUGAGCUAUGGGAGGACUACCGAGGCCACGGCCAGGAAGACGCGUGGGCCACUGUCUCCAAGAAGACCGCCAAGAAGAAACACGAAUCGUCUUUCCAGCGCUCUCAUUCGUCACAGAAGACACAGAACACCCAGCAGCAGCUGCAGCAGGACGAUCACGUCGAUGCAUCGCAUAACGACGACGCGCUGACCCGCAGAUCGUCCGAACGUCUUUCCUCAGGAGGCCGUGGAAGCAUGAGAGGCCGAGGCACGUCGUCCUCGCGCGGCGGACGUGGAGGCCGCGGGGGUCGCGGUCGUGGUGGCGCCAUCGUCGCAACGACCAGCAGGUUGCAUCAUAGCAGGGACAAUGACGUGGACAGUCCAGAGAUGGACGACAAUUGUACCGAUGGCACGAGCUCGUCGAAUGAAACGUCCGCGCAGCAGUCGUCGAAGUCGAAUAAAGACUCGAAGAGGGAACGGGGUGUAAAGGCUGCUGCGAAAGCAACCACACCGCGGUCCGUUGCUCAGGCACCUCCUGUCGUUUACCCCGUGUUGACAGGCGCUUGGACAAAGAAGUUGAAUGUCAACGCUGCCAGUUCAACCCCCAAGACUGUGGCAGAACCCGCUUCCACGCCUGCUCCGACACAAGCUUCUACAACGAUGUCGGAGGCAGCCGAGAAAGAGACAGCACCUUUGCUGGAUAGCGAGGAUGCUGCUGUUACUGACACGUCGGAUGUCGUCGAUCUCGCUAGCCCGAAGGAAAUGACUCAGCAGGAAAGGAAUGGUACAAAGAUACCAAACUCCAACACUAGUGAACCAGGAGACGGGAAUGCUACUGUCGCUGAACAGACUGAAUCUGUGGAGACGGUGUCCAAGACGUCGAGUCCGCAAGCUUCCCCCACGAAAGUUGUUGACGAAGAGACGACAACGAAUCUUGAGACUACUACCGAGACUUCCAACUCGGAUAUUAGUGCUGGAUGGGGUACUCUGGAUGUAUCCACGUCAACGAUGAACGAGUGGUCUUCAUCGACUACUACAAAUGCGAAUGAACCCAAAAAAUCGUCGGCCACGAACGCAUGGGCGCGUAGCAGCCCUAUCCUCUCCCCUCCUGCUAGCAAAGAAGACGUCUCUUCACCCAAGUCACCUGACGCAAGACCGGUGGCUGUAGCGGAAUCUCCAAAGGAUACCAAUGUGUCUCGUCCGAGUGGGUCAGCAUCGACUAGUCCUCGGCCGUAUCUUAAGAUGGGCAAGUGGGACAGCGCCGCAACGCCGAACCUGUCGCUACAGUUUGGCAGCUUCUCUCUCAGUGGCAUGGACACAGCUGAGCCAGCGUCGCCGCGUGGUUGGGCCUCAACGACUACGACCACUACGACCAGCUCGAACAGUGGUGGUAACACUGUGAUUAAAUCCUCGACCACUCAAAGUGGAUGGGGCACCUCAAACGGCUCGCUUGAGAAGACGCUCUCGCCCGACCGCAGCGUGCAGUCUCGUAUGCAGGAAGCAACUGCCAUAAAAGCUGCGAGUUCUGUUCCUCCUGGACUGUCGGCAGAGUCAGGCCGUGUGACACCGACCACAGGCCAAUCUCCCCGGUACGCACCAUCGGCCCCGUCCCCUGCAUCCCUUCCUAAGCCUGAUGAAGUCAAGCGUGGUACCCCGACGCGUACCCAGACGUUACCUUUCCAAGCUUCAGGCGGAUCUGCAACGCAAACAAAGAAGACAAACAUUGGCUACGGUGCGGGUCUAUACCAAGCCUCGUACGGCCAGUACUCGAUGGAUCUUGCCCGUGCUGCUGCCGCGUCAGCCCCUGGACAGCUCUCGGCAGGCUCUGGAACGCCAAAGGGCGCUGUUGCUCGUGGCGGCACUACUCAGAUUGCGUCUCAAUCACCGCCUACCCGUGGACAACAGUCUGUAAUUCAGACGCAGCAAAUGCCUUUGCAGCAAUCAACACAACAGCAGCAGCAACAGAUCCAGCAGCAAAGCGAGCUCAAACAAAUUCAACAGCAGCAAGCCCAGCAGCAAGCCCAGCACCAGCCGCAGCAGAGCCAGUCUCUGCAGCAGACGACUGCCCAGUUGCACCAGCAAGCCCAGGCUGGAAUGCAGCAGGGUUACCACUACGCCCCGCCUCCUCCACCUGGCAUGGCGCUGCCGUACAAUCCAUACAAUUACGCUGGGUACUACCAGGGUUACGGCUACUACCAGAAUCCGCAGUUUGCACAGUAUAGCCCGCGUACGCAGUACCCGCCGCGAGGCAGCAUACCGUACGGAGUCGAAGGGCCCGUUCCAGGAUUUUCCAAUCCGCCAAAUAUGCCCUACCAAGACCAGCACAUGAUGGCCCAGCAGCAUGAAUACGCAGGAGCUGUGCCCCAGGGCUUUGGCGAGAUCAAUGCCGCGUACAUGCAGCAACCGCCGAUGCAGCAGGGUGGCCACCACGGCCACCAAAAUGGCCCACAGAGUCAUGGUAAGGGCCGUUCGGCGUCUGCUGCUGGUGGAGUUGGUGCGCAGCAGGCCCAUGGUCAGCACGGAAUUGCUGGUAUGCAGGGGUACCAAAACGGAGGUCGUGACCACGCAUCGCCGCCAGUGCCUAACGCGUCGGCGGCCAUGACUGGUUCGUACGGCCAGCAUUAUGGCUGGGCGGGCAAUUACGGGGCGCAACCCGUGGGCGGAUGGGGCCACAUGAUGCCACAGGGCUACCAGCAGUCGCCAUCGCAACAGCAGCAGCAGGCUCAACAACAGCAGCAACAGCAGCAGCCGAACGCGCACCAGCAGAGCUAUCACCAAUACGGCAACAGUGGCGUCCAGGCUGGCAACACCUCGAACGACGUAAACCAAUCGCGCUGGAGCAGCUCAUAG